ACAAGACAAGACACAAGACAACGGAAGAUUAUUAGGAGUAUCUACAACUUUCUCCGUCUUCAUUCUUCCCACUUCUAUAAAGUACUUAUUAACCAUCACAUAUUCACAAUUCACAAUUCAAAGUAUGAGCAACGGACCAUCACUUUUCUCAGGCAUUGGCAAAAAAGCCAGAGAUAUUCUGUACAAAGAUUACAGCAAUGAUACCAAAUUGAGCAUCACAACUCUAACUGAAGAUGGACUUGCCCUUACUUCAAGUUCCCUGCAAAAGGAAAAUCGUUCAGUUGGUGAUGUGGCUGCGCGAUACAAAUACAAGAAUGCAGUUAUUGAUGUCAAAGCUGAUACACAGUCAAAUAUGGCUGCUACACUUACUUUGACUGAUAUUGUGCCAUCUCUCAAGUCAAUAGCUUCAGUUAAUCUUCCCGAGUACGACUCUGCAAAGUUUGAGCUUCAGUACUUCCAUGAACAUGCAGCAAUUGGCUCAUCUGUUUCCUUGAACAAAUCCCCUGUUUUCGAUGUUUCAGCUACAUACGGUACUCCAAGCACUAUAGUUGGUGCAGAGGCAGCUUAUGAUACUUCUGCUGCUGAUUUUACGAAGUACAAUGCUGGCAUAAGCAUUGCAAAACCAAAUUCUUGUACAUCUAUUAUCUUGGCGGAAAAGGGUGAUCUUGUUCGAACAUCGUAUGUCCACUAUCUUGACCAAGCGAGGUGCACUACAGUAAUGGAGUUCACAAAUAGGUUUUCUGAAGAUGGAAAUACUCUCACUGUAGGAGGAUCAUACACUGUUGAUGAUUUAACUCUAAUCAAGCUGAAGCUCGACAACCAGGGGAAUUUCGGGGCACUUCUGCAACACGAGUUUAAAGCUAAGUCUGUGCUGACAAUGGCAGCUGAGUUUGAUUACAAUUCUCUUGACACAAACCCAAAGAUUGGUGUAUCACUUGCCCUAAAACCAUGAAUACCAUCUGUAUUUUGUGAUAACAAGAGUGCACACAGUAUCUCUACAAACUGUUCCUUUUUGGGUUGUCGUCUCUUAUCAUAUAUGUGGAGUCCAAUUUCUUUCA